AUGUCCAACUCAGUGGUGGUAUUCAGCGGCGGCACAGCCACAAACGAUAUCGUGCAUGUUUUCAAUUCCCUUUCAGCCGACGUGACUUAUGUGUUACCCAUUCUGGACAACGGAGGCUCCACUUCAGAGAUUAUACGUGUCAUAGGAGGACCAGCCAUUGGUGAUAUACGGUCGAGACUUACCAGACUAAUACCUCCGGAAAACGAACCUCUCAAGAAGUUGUUAAGUUUCAGGUUGGAGGCAGAUCCGGUGGAGGCAAAGAAUCAGUGGAAUGAGAUCGUGGACGGAACACAUCACCUAUGGAAGGAUAUCGACAGCGCCACCAAAGAGAUUCUCCGAGCAUUCUUGAUACACUUGCACGUAGAGCUUCUAAAAAGAUCCAAGUUGACUGUAACAAGCAACACAAACAAGAAGUUUAGGUACGAGUUGGCCAAUGUGGGGAACUUGUUUCUUACGGGGAUUCGUCUAUUCAUAGGGUCCUUGGAUUCCGCCAUCGAGCUAUUCAAGAAAUUGACCGGCAUCGACAACUCCAUUCAAGUUAUGCCAUGUAUCAGCACGAACUUCAGCUACCACAUUGGAGCACUUUUGAUCAAUGGUCUCAUUAUCACAGGUCAGUCUCAGAUCUCCCACCCUUCGCCUGACGAGGUGUAUCCUCCACCAAUCAACAAGACAAGACCUCCUACGCCUACGCAUGAAAACAACGAGUUCUUCAAACACGUUGAUACUAGUAUAGAGGCACAAUCCGAGGAAUCUGUGCUCUCAUCUGAUGACGAGGAGCUUGGGAAUAUCCCGCAGUACACUCAUCCCGAGCUUAAAAAGUCUCAAUUGCAUUUCCAGAAAACCGAAGGGAUCGAGCCUCUCCUUUCACCCAUUGAGCGCAUCUUUUAUAUCAGUCCGCAUGGCCAGGAAAUCUGCCCAGUGGCCCUGACUCGAGUCAUCAACAGCAUCUCGAACGCAAAGACGCUUGUGUACUCAAUUGGCUCACUCAUGACAAGUAUUGUGCCGAUUUUGGUAUUGAAAGGUAUUUGCAAGGCGAUUGCUUAUGACUUUAGGCCAGGCAAAAAGCGUAUACUCUUAUUGAACGGCUGCGAGGAUAGAGAGACAUACGGUAUGUCUGCUGUUGAGUACAUCGAGACUAUUAUCAAGCUGGCUCACUAUUCACUCGACAAGUCUCACCAGGAGCACCAACAUCUCAAGUGGUGCAACUUCAAUCGCUGUUGA